AAGGUCAUAAAACAUUUAGUGAUAGUAAUGGUUAUGUGCGCUGGAUCUAAGAGAGAUGUUUACAUUUAUCAUCAUAAUGUAGUGGUUACAAAUCUUUCAUUGCGAAAGAACUUCCGUCUUCGUACCAUAAAAAGGCUGGAUGACGCAACUGAUGAAGAUAUACCUAUAAUUGUUACCCGUUGUGCUAAGGAUCAUUUACGAGCACAAGAAGAGCAAAGAGGAGCUUUACAAGGGCUUACGCCGAAUCAGAAGAAAAGAACGAUUUAUACAUUAUUUUGCGAUGACAUGGUAACUGACACAGUAUUCACGCCAUUAGAAGGCCAAACAGUUCUGGGAACAUUCAUUCUCCUACGCAAACCAAAACUUGUCUCUAGGGAUAUGAUACGUUUUGUUAAAUCCUACUUCUCAAGAAAUGAGUUAGUCAGAGAUUGUAUAAACAAAUUUUAUGACAACGAGAGGAAUGUUAACUCUUCAUAAUGUAGCAUGUUUUUUUACAAUCGUUUAAAAUAACAUUGUUAUAAUGCUGUAAAUAUAAAAGAUAAAUGUAAACAUGUCAUGGCAAUGUCAAGAUGUAUUACACUUACAAAAGACGUAUAUCUAUGAGAUCGUUUGAAAUUAGUGUAAACGCUAAUCCGACUUUUAAAACUUAUGACAUAAUGUAAGCGGAACUAUUUUUUAGUGUUUUAAAACAUGACAGAAGUGGUUACGCACUUGUACAGUACGCAGUGAACACUGGAACCCUAUCAGAAGAAGAGGCCACUUUACAUGCUAUACCCUAUCUAUAGGUAUACAUUAUUCGUGCACCUGGCCAAUCUUUGCAGCGAAUUUUAAUAAGUCAGAGUUUUAGUGUUUCAAAACAUGACAGAAGUGGUUACGCGCUUGUACAGUGCGCAGUAAACACUGGAACCCUAUCAGAAGAAGAGGCCACUUUACAUGCUAUACCAUAUCUAUAGGUAUACAUUUUUCGUGCACCUGGCCAAUUUUAAUAAGUUAGCGUUUUCUCAAGAAUACCAAAAUUAUGCAAAUUUGACAAUUUAUUUAUUUAUAUGGAUAAAAACAGGUAUGUUAAAUACAGACGUUCCUAACAUUUUUUUUCAUUAUGAAUUUAACAGGUAAAUAUUAAAAUAUUGAAAGAAAGUUUUAAGCCCGCUUUCCAGAACCAUAAGUAUUAAACGUUUCAAUUUCAGGAAUUAAAGCAAAAACAAAUUUCAGGGCUUCUACGCUAAAAUAGGAAUAGGGUCAGGUUUUGAGGAUAGAAAAAUUUACCCCGUUUAAAAGCGUUAUGGGCAUUCACUGCAAAAUUGGCCCGGUUUUUGAGGACUCAAAAAAAAUUACCCGUUUCACUGCGUUACCGUCGCGCAAAGGCUAUAAAAACCAUGCUCAUAAAUUGCUCUUAUAGUAUACCUGCUUAUAUCAUUUUCAUUUUAACAUGUCUUUUAUGUAUAACUUGUAAUAAAUAGGAUUGGAAGGACUAUUUCUUGGUUAAUGCUUGAUGCUGAAAAAAGCAAAGGGCUUUGGCAUGUGAUGUUGAAUACUUGAAUAAUACGCAUUCAUUAUAGGUUAACUGUUGGUCGCGCUAAUUUCAACUAAGAAUAAGAUUAUUGUUAAUGCAAUCGUUGAAUGAUAUUUCUGGGAAAAAGCAUCAAACAUAAAAGAAAGUGGGAAUAUGGUGUCUUAUAUUCAUAAAGCAAGGAGAAAACAUCAAAAUUGCCGACUUUAUUCAAAGUGGCUGCAAUUGAAAUGGCUGCUAUUUAUAAAAACAUCUGAAGAAAAGUUAGCAUCAAAAUACCCCCGUCUAAUGUUUGUUUUAGUAAAACUAAGUUUUGUUAAUCGUUAUAGGCAAAAGGUGAUUAAUCAUACUUAAACAGAUAGAUUACAGCAAUUUUUGUUUUAUCUACUAUAUCAUUUCAGAGAUUGAGUUGCACAUUCUAUUUUUAUACUGUAUGGAACAUGAUUUCUUACAUUCCUUGCAUAAUGUUAAAACAUGUCUAAAUAAUAAGAGAUAUGAUAAACAGUGGUAAUGAACAUAAUAAAUUAUCACUUGAUCAUAUUCGGGUACAUAUAAUAAAGAAGACAACUUCAUUUUAUGACUUCCUUAAUUUUACACAUAUGUUUCAGUUGCAAUCUGUUUUUACCACAUUAUUUUAUACCAUUUUUACUUGUAGAUUUUGAAGAAUUUUAAGUGAUGUGUAUCCAAUAGCACAAACGUGAUUUAACAGUCACAACUAGAUUAAUUGUAUAUAUCCUUUUAAGCGUACAUAAUUACAUUUAAUAUAUACAUACGAAUGAAAUACUGGAAAAAAUUGAUAAAUAUAAUUCAUAUUUUCACUCUAUUCAGUUAGUCCCCUACUGAUUGAAAACCAGUUUCGGGGACUACAGGAAUGCGCUUUUCCGUCCGUCUGUCAUUCCGUCAUUCCGUCCGUCCUUCCGUUCGUCCGUCCGUGCGUCCGUCCGCAAUUUCGUGUCUGGUCCAUUACUCUGCUGUCAUCCAUUAAGGGAUUUAAUGUUACUUGGCACAAAUGUGUCAUGCGUAAAACUCGAACCCCUAGCUUAAUGGUCAAGGUCACAAUUGGAGGUCAAAGGUCAACAGGGCUUUUUUCCCUGUCCGGUCCAUAACUAUGUCAUACAUGAAGAGAUUUUAAUCAUAAAUGCACCUCAUAAUAAGACAAUGUGUCAUGCACAACAUUCAGACACCUAACUCAAAGGUCAAGGUCACACUUGGUAGUAAAAUAUUAACAUUAAACUGAAACUGAAUAACUUGAUUAAACGCCUAUUUUUAUACAAUGAUAUAUUCAAUGGCGUUGUACAUAAUAAUAAUAUUAAUAGUUAUUAAAACAAUAUUAAUACUGAAAAUAAUAAUAACAACAGCCAUAUUGUAACAGACAGUCAUAACAGCACCCCAUUGAGGUCAUUUACCCCCAUUGCCAAUACCAGUGCUUAUAGAUCAAGGUCACAUUUGGAGAUCAAAGGUCAACAGGGCUUUUUUCCUGUCCGGUCCAUAACAUUCAAAACCGCAGCCAACCAUACAGCAUUCCAAACAUUCUAUACAAGAAAUGACUAGAAGAUCCUCUACAGAGCUUAGGAACUUAGAAGAAUACUUGUGUGUCCAUGGGGAACAGGUGUCUCCCUAUAUUUUCAUAGCAUAAGGUUUCAGAACUCUAUCUGAAAUAUUUUGAAUAUAACUGCAAAUCAAACUUUUAAGAACUUUAUGUGUAAUUUUCACUAAAGGAAGGACUAUAACUCUGGCCUAAUUUAGUGAAAACCCAAAGAAACCUCCAAAUUCACAAAUUCACAUGCUAUAAAACAAUCCUCUAAUGUUUUAUGACACUAGGUCAAGCACAUUUUAAGAAGAAUUGGGUAAAAGCUUUUAUUUUUUGUCAAUGUGAAGGGCCAUAACUAUGGUCUUCUAAAGAGAAUUUUAAAACGAAAUGCACUAAUUUACAUGGUAGAUAAUAUUCCUACAAUGUUUCAUGACUCUGGGUAAAAUAUUUUUAAGAUAUAUGUAGCACAAACCUUUAAGCAAUUUAUGUGUAUUUUUCACUAAGUCAGGGCCAAUAACUCAAGUCUGGUAGAGAGAAAUCCUAAAUAAAACACCAAUUGCACAACUUUACAUGAUAUAUCACAAUCCCCUUCUGUUGUAACAUUUCAGAUCAAAUACUUGUUUUGAGAUACAUGCGACAGAAACAUGAUCACCUGUGAGGUUUAAUGACUCUGGGUCAAACAUAUUUAGGUAUGAACGACACAAAUUCACACAAGAAGACAGAUGCACAGACCGGCGGACUGACAGACGUACUGACAAGGGCAACUCUAAGUGCCCAACCCGUACCCCAAAACCGUCUUUGGGAGCACAUAAAAAGUCCACGAAGAAAACUGCAGCUCAUAAUAAGAUGAUGUUAGAAACCAUACUAAAAUAAAAUGAUAUACCAUUACACGUUAGUUUCGUUCCGUGACAUCAAGAUGAUUGAUCCAGUUGUCAUACAUCUUUGGCACUAAUAAUUGCAUGGUGUAUUUUGAUCUUUGGCCCUCCUUUGCCUAUAGACUCUUAUCAUGCUGUUGAUAAAGGAUGGGGUGGGGGGUGAUCGAGUAAAACAUAAAUAUUUUGUACUCACAGUCAAAUAUGUCUCCUUUUAAAAAGAUAUUAUGAUAUUUAUACUAUGAACUAUGAGUGUUAUGUAUAUAUUUUUUUUAUUUUUCCCUAAGACAAAACAUUGUUUACUGACCUUGUUUUAAGACAUUAUUCUGUGUUUACUAUAAGAUUCUCCUUUAAUCUAGAAAAUUCUAUUAGUAAUGUAUCAAUUAUUGAUAAACAGUGUAUGUCUGUUAUUUUUAGAAAAAGAUUUUCCUUUAUUUUUCCGGAAUGUUCUUUAUAUUUUUAUUGUAACAUGAAAAUUCUGGAACCUUCCAUGAUACAAUAUAUAGUCAGAUGUUUUAGAUGAAAAACAGAACCUAAGAACCUAAGAAGCUAAACCGUAGAUAUUGAUGAAACUUUCCUGUAUUUCUUAAAAACACAUUAUCACUAAUUUGGAUAUUUAAUAUUUUAAAGGAUUUAUAUUAAAAAUUUCUGGAUUUAAAAAAUUAUCAUUGAAGAUAGAAAUUAUAAAUUUUGGAUAUUACUUUUGAACUGUGUGAAACAUUGUGGAAUUCAAUUUAAGUGGAUUUAAAUUUGACCUGGACAGGAUUUGCACUGUUUUACUUAUUAGAUUGGAUUUUACAGUUUUUUGUCAUUUGCAAAGGUAUUUGGAUUUUUACUUAAAUUCAUGAAUAAAAUGUUGU